AUCGUGAAAGAGCCAUCGACAUUUGAAGAAGCAUCCUGAGACAUAAAAUGGCAGAAGGCGAUGAAAGAAGAGAUUAAGGCAUUGAACCAAAAUCAGACUUGGGAACUAAUUCCAAAACCCAAAGAUGUGAAGCCGAUAUCAUGCAAAUGGGUGUACAAAGUCAAGACUCGCCCCGGUGGAUCAAUAGAAAGGUAAAAAGUUUGACUAGUGGCAAGAGGAUUCUCACCAGAAUAUGGGUUGGACUAUGAUGAGACUUUUAGCCCAGUAGCAAAAAUUACAACGGUGCGAGUACCACUAGCACUUGUAGCGAGCAAAUCUUGGAAGCUGUGGCAAAUAGAUGUGAAGAAUCCUUUCUAUAUGGAGAAAUUGAUCGAGAUAUCUACAUGGAGCAGCCAAGUGGUUUCCAGAGUAAAAGGCAUCAGGAUUACGUUUGCAAACUAAAGAAGGCCUUGUAUGGGCUUAAACAAGCACCGAGGCAUGGUACGGCAAGAUAGGGGAAUUUCUAGUGCAAAGCGGGUUCUCGGUGGCACCUGCGGACUCCAGUCUCUUUGUAAAAUUUCAGGAAGGUAAAUUGGCAAUAGUGCUAGUAUACGUGGAUGACUUGAUCAUCACUGGAGAUGAUGACGGUGAGAUUGAAAGGACAAGAGAGAACUUGUCCGUGCGAUUCUAAAUGAAGGAACUUGGAGAGCUGGAGCAUUUUAUUGGGCUGGAGAUUGACCGAAGCAACAAAGGCAUAUUCCUCUGUCAGCAGAAGUACGCCAAAGACCUAUUAAAGAAAUAUGGGAUGCUCGAAUGCAAGCCAAUUGCCACACCUAUGGAGGCUAACGCCAAGCUAUGUUCAGAAGAAGGAAAAGACUUGGAAGAUGUAACUAUGUACCGACAAAUAGUUGGUAGUCUAGUCUACCUUACAUUAUCGCGACCAGAUAUAGCUUACGCAGUUGGUGUGGUUAGCCGGUUCAUGCAAACACCAAAGAAGCCGCAUCUUGAAGCAGUACGUCGAAUAUUGAGGUAUGUAAAGGGUACAAUAGACCUUGGUCUAUUGUACAAGAAAGGUGGAGCAUGCAAGAUAGUUGGAUACUGCGAUGCUGACUAUGGUGGUGAUCAUGACACAUAACGAUUAACUACUGGAUAUGUAUUCAACCUUAGCUCAGGAGCAAUCUCUUGGUGUAGCAAGAGAUAACUUACAGUAUCUUUAUCAACCACGGAGGCUGAAUAAAGAGCAAUGACAAUGGCAGCACAAGAAAACACAUGGCUUAUGCAGUUAAUGAGGGAUCUUCAUCAACCAGAUGAUUAUCCAAUGAUAUUGCGCUGCAACAAUCAAUCAACAAUUUGCUUGGUUGAGAAUCCAGUGUUUCAUACUAGGACCAAGAAUGUGGAGGUACACUAUCACUUUGUAAGAGAGAAGGUACUUCAAGGAGAAAUCGAGAUGAGUCAUGUGAAUACCGACGACCAAGUUGCAGACAUACUCACAAAAGGACUUAGCAAUG